AUGAAGGGACUUGCUAGGGCCCUCCUGGCUGGGGCGCUCCUCGCCAGCGGGGUUUUGGGCCUGGAUGUUCUCGAGACGGUCGGCUUCAGCUCCUGCAACACGAACGCUAGCGUUUCGGUGCAAAGGGUGAACAUCAAGUACAACAACGACAACAAGACGGUUACGUUCGACGUGGCAGGGACCAGCAACCGGGUACAGAAUGUGACGGCCGUCCUCAACGUCACGGCAUAUGGCCAAGAUAUCUACUCGAACUCCUUCGAUCCCUGCGAUAAAGGCACGUUUGUGCAGCAGCUCUGCCCUGUGCCCGCCGGUAGUUUCUCUGCAAAGGGGUCUCAACAGAUUCCCCCAGAGUUCGCCGAUCUAGUCCCCGCGAUUGCUUUCCAAGUCCCCGAUAUCGCGGCCAUGGCCACUUUACAGCUCCGAUCUAGGGAAUCCGGCGAGAAGGUGGCCUGCAUUCAGUCUCAGGUGACCAACGGCAAGACGACUAGCGUGCCUGCCGUCUCGUACGUGGCAGCCGGCGUGGCGGGAGCGGCGCUGGUACUGACAGGCGUUUCGGCGGCGGGUGCCGCGUUCGCGGGAGGCAGCGCCGCGGCCGGUGGAGGUUCUGCGGCGAGUGGCAUGGGUACCAUCAGCCCUAGCUUCACCGAAGUGUUCGGAUGGUUUCAGGGCAUGGCCAUGAACGGCAUGAUGUCGGUCGCCUAUCCUGACGUCUACCGGAACUUUGCCAAAAACUUCGGCUUCUCGGCCGGUUUGAUUCCCUGGACACAGCUUCAGGUGUCCAUUGACGACUUUCGCGCUUCCACCGGAGGCAAUCUGACGGAGAACAGCGUCGAAUUUCUGAAGAACGCCACCCUCGUAUUCGAUAGCCCCUCGCAGACGGCCGAACAGGGCUCUCUCAAGAGAGCAAUCCACCAGUUUGUGCAUCUUGCCGCCCGACAGAUCGAGACAAGCGUCAACGGCACGGUUGACGAGACGGACGAGCUGAGCGGUGCGCCGGAUUCGGUCCGCGUCGCGGUCUCGGGGAUCCAGGGCUACGUGCAGCAGCUGAGCGUCCCGUCGGGCAACGCCUUCAUGACGAUCCUUCUUGUUGUGGCCAUCGUCAUCGCGGCGAUUGUGGUGGGAGUCCUAUUGGUCAAAGUUAUUCUGGAAUUCUGGGCUCUCUUCGGCAGCUUCCCCAAGGGGCUGGCGGGCUUCCGCAAGCACUACUGGGGCUCCAUCGCGCGCGCCAUCACUUCUCUGAUCAUGCUGUUGUACGGCGUUUGGGUUCUGUAUUGCGUCUUUCAGUUCACCCGAGGAGACUCCUGGGCCGCCAAGGUACUGGCCGGCGUCACUCUGUUCGCCUUCACCGCGAUCCUCGCCUUCUUCUGCUGGAAGAUCUGGAGCACGGCGCGCAAGCUCAAGAAGGCCGAGGGUGACGUUGGUUCGCUAUACGACGACAAGGACAUCUGGGUCAAGUACAGCCUUUUCUACGAGUCGUAUCGCCGCGAUUACUGGUGGAUCUUCCUACCCACCAUCAUCUACAUGUUCGCCAAGGGCUGCAUUAUCGCAGGAGCAGACGGCCACGGCAUGAUACAAGCGAGCGCGCAGCUCGUCGUGGAGGGUAUCAUGUUGAUCCUUCUCCUAUGGAGCCGCCCAUACGAGCGCCGCUCGGGCAACAUUAUCAACGUUACCAUCCAAGUGGUGCGCGUUCUGUCGGUGGUGUGCAUUUUGGUGUUCGUGGAGGAGUUUGGCAUCGCCCAGACGACCAAAACCGUCACCGGCGUGGUGCUCAUCGCAGUGCAAUCCGCAUUGACGGGCAUCCUGGCCAUCCUCAUCGCAUGGAACGCCAUCAUCGCCUGCUGCAAGCAGAACCCACACCGCAAGCGCCGCAAGGAGAUGGAAAAAGUCCAGCGCGACACGCUCACCCCCCUCGACGCGCGCAACUCGCUGCUGCUCGACCGCUCCAAAACAGCCGAAUCGGACGUCUCGUCGUCCCUCUCCCUCUCCAAGACGGGCUUUGCGCCGCUCGUCUCGGUCGAGACGGAAAAGUCCGCCGCCGCCGGCGCAACCUCACCGGAACGGUACAGCGGCGGCGGUGCUACCAACGACAACAACAACAACAACGGCAGGCUGUCGUCAAACCCCAUGUUUGCGCCCCGCGCCCCGAGCGGCGGGUCCUUCAGCGGGUCUUUCAACAGGGCGCUCACGUCGAAUACGGCGACUGUGGGGUUGGCGGUAUCGGGCCCGCCGCUGGGAGGGCAAGGGAUGAAUUUGAGUCGGGAGAACUUGGUGAUGGGGGCUGCUCCCCUUGGUGGUGGGAUGAGCGGUGGAGGGGACAUGCGGCAGCCGACGUUGCCGGAUCUGGGGGGUGGGUAUGGAGGGUUUGCGGGGUAUGGAGGGCAGGGACAGGCGCAGGGAGGGGGAGGCGGAGGGUAUGGGGGUUAUGGUGGUUAUAGGGGGCCUUAUGGGAGGUAUUGA